UCUAUUGUUCCCAUCAAUAAAUUACAAAACUGAUCCACAAACCGGUUCCUGCAAUGUCAGAACGAUAGAAAAUUUAUGUUUUUAAAUCAAUUCGCACACCUACAAAAAAACAAAACAGGAUCAGAUGGGAUUAGGAUGUUUAGCUGGACUCGACUGGCCAAUCCGCUGAAGAUGGGCUGCCAGUUCGUAACGCAUUUCGCGACAGCCCCCCAAAUUCCUCCGAAUGCAAAAUUCUGGUCGAAGCUGUUCGGAAAGUACCUGUUGCUGACGAAUACCAUCGGAUCGGGACUGCUCCUCGCCAUCGGCGAUGCAAUUGCUCAGCAGUACGAGGGAUUUGGUGAAAAGAAAGCCUUUGACUACUCUCGCUCAGGAUGCAUGAUGAUUACGGGCUCGGUGAUUGGUCCGGUUCAGCACGGAUUCUAUCUGCUGUUGGAUGGGCUUCUACCGGGCACUAGUGGAUGGGGUGUGCUGCAUAAGAUACUCGUGGAUCAGUUGAUCAUGUCGCCCAUCUACAUUUUCCUGUUCUUUUACGUCAGCAGUUUGCUGGGGGGAAAGACCUUCGUGGAGUGCAAUAGCGAGCUGUCGGAGAAGUUCCUCUACACCUGGAUGUUAGACUGCUGCUUCUGGCCGGGUCUGCAGUAUCUUAACUUUCGCUUCCUCAAUUCCCUCUAUCGGGUGGUGUUCGUUAAUGUAGCCAAUUGCGUGUACGUCGUUCUGCUUUCCCAUAUAAAGUACGGGUUUUCCUACCAUGAUCCCUAGUUAUAUUUAAUGACAAUUGAACUGAAUAAGCAAAAUACAAUAAUGGCGUUCCAACAACUCAUGAAUACAUUUUAAAAGCGAUAAGAAAGCUAUCGAUUCGAAGCUUGCAGAAGCAGUAAGUGGUCAGUCGAAAAAGUGCCAUCCCCAAUCAGCUGCUAGUUUAACGUCAAAACAAUCGGGUCUUUCGUAACGUAAAUCAAAAACACACGGGACUACAGUAGUCGCAAAUUGCAGUGGCUGCGAAUGAUGUUUGGCACUCGCUGCCUGCGCCAGUGCUACGGUCUCCGAAACCCGGCCGUUCCCUGG